AUGGAUAGUGGAAAAACAGCAAAAAGAUCAUUAAGGCGAGUUACAGAAUUGUCGGAUGAAAUAAUACAAAAGGUAUGGGAACAGUUAUUGUUAAAAGACGAUAUAAAAGAUGAGCAACUGAAGUAUUAUUUAAUUUGUGCUUCAGCAGCAAUUGUUGCUCAGCAGAAAUUUGUACCAACAAAAGUAUUGGAAACAAUCGAAAAUUUUUUAACAAAUAAAAUCGACACAAUUGAAAUGAGAAUUGUUUGUGUACAAAUUUUAUCAAAAGAAAUUAAAUCUCGGGCAACAACAACUAAUGAUUCAUUAAAACAACUCGCAUUAGAAUCACGAAAUAAUAAAAAUGAUGAUUUAUUAAUAAAUUUGUAUUUCAAAUAUUAG